AUGGAAAAUCCCAAUUUCAACACGACGCCUGGUGAGGAAUGCGGCUGCGUGCGUCUAGGUAAAUGCAAAUGGUUUAAUGUGGCCAAGGGCUGGGGCUUCCUAACGCCCAACGAUGGCGGCCAGGAAGUUUUUGUGCAUCAGAGUGUCAUACAAAUGUCCGGCUUUCGUUCGCUGGGCGAACAGGAGGAGGUGGAGUUUGAGUGCCAGCGUACAGCGCGCGGCCUGGAGGCGACACGUGUUUCGGGACGGCAAGGCGAUGAUUGUCACGGUAGCACCUAUCGGCCACGCAUCAAUAGAAAAACUCGCCGCAUGCGCUGCUACAAUUGCGGCGAAUUCGCCAAUCACAUUGCCUCGGAGUGUGCGAUAGGGCCGCAGCCGAAGCGCUGCCAUCGCUGUCGCAGCGAGGACCAUCUGCACGCCGAUUGCCCGCAUCGCAACGCCAGCGUGACACAAACCAGCCGGCGAAGCAAAAGCGCUGCCAACGAUGAGGAAGCUGAAGCAGCUGCUGUCGCCGAGGCGACUCCCUAG